CAAAGAUUCAUAGGGUGGUCCUAGAAGAACAGGAAAGGGCCAAGAAGAAAGCCAUGCAAGAUUUAAAGGAAGCUGAGAUAACCCUGAAAGAAUUUUCAAAGACUCAUAGGAAGGUGCUAGAAGAACAGGAAAGGGCUGAGAGGAAGGCAAACGAGGAAAGAAAGAUGGCUGAAGUAGAACUGGAAGAACUUGCAAAGAUUAAAAGAAAGAUCUUGGUUGAACAAGAAGAAGCUGAAAAAAAAGCUAUAUGUGAAAACCAGAAAGCUCAAAAGGCCAAGGAAGAACUUUCAGAAAUCCAGAUAAAGGUCCUUGAAGAACAAGAGAAGGCUAAGAAAGCCAUACAAGAACGAGAGAUUGCUGAGUCAUCCCUGGAAGAGCUUUCAAAGAUUCAUAGGACAGUCCUAGAACAAUUGGAAAGUGCUAAGAAAGCAACACAAGAACAAGAGAUAGCCAUUGUAGCACUGGAAGCACUUUCAAAGAGUUAUAGAAAUGUCCUAGAAGAACAGGAAAGGGCUGAGAAGAAGGCAAAGGAGCAAAGAAAGCUUGCUGAAGCAGACCUAGAAGAACUCACAAAGAUUCACAGAAAGAUCCUAGAAGAAAAAGAAGAAGCUGAAAAGAAAGCAAUCCAUGAAAUCCAGAGAGCUCAGAAAGCCAAGGAAGAACUUUCAGAAAUCCAGAUAAAAGUCCUUGAAGAACAGGAAAGAGCUACAAAAGCCAUGCAAGAACGAGAAGUUGCUGAGGCUGCCCUGGAAGAACUUUCAAAGGUUCACAGGAAGGUCCUAGAGGAACAGGAAGGCGCUGAGAGGAAAGCAAAGGAGGAAAGAAGGAUGGCUGAAGCAGACCUGGAAGAACUUAAAAAGAUUCAGAGAAAGAUCCUAGAGGAAAAAGAAGAAGCUGGAAAGAAAGCAAUGUAUGAAAUCCAGAGAGUUCAGAAAGCCAAGGAAGAACUCUCAGAAAUCCAGAUAAAGCUCCUUGAAGAACAGGAAACAGUCAAAAAAACAAUGCAAGACCGAAAAUUGGCUGAGGCAGGCCUGGAAGAGCUUACAAAUAGUCAUAGGGUAGUUAUAGAAGAACAUGAAAGGGCUAUGGAGAAAGCCAAGGAGGAACAAAAAGUGGCUCAGGCAGCCCUGGAAGAACUUUCAAAGAUUCACAGGAUAGCCCUAGAAGAACAGGAAAGGGCUAUGAAGAAAGCCAUGCAAGAACGAGCGGAAGCCGAGGCAGCCCUGGAAGAACUUUCAAAGACUCACAGGAUAGCACUAGAAGAACAGGAAAGAGCUAUGAAGAAGGCCAUGCAAGAAAGAGCGGAAGCCGAGGCAGCCCUGGAAGAACUCUCAAAGACUCAUCAGAAGGUCCUAGAGGAACAGGAAAGGGCUGAGAGGAAGGCAAAAGAGAAAAGAAUGAUGGCUGAAGCAGAACUGGAAGAACUUGCUAAAAUUCAGAGAAAGAUCUUAGAUGAACAAGAAGAAGCUGAAAAGAAAGCAAUGUGUGACAUACAGAGAGCUGAAAUAGCCAAGGAAGAACUCGCAGAAAUCCAGAUACAGGUCCUUGAGGAAAAGGAAAAGGCUAAGAAAGUCAUACAAGAACGAGAAGUGGCUGAGGCAGCCCUGGAAGAACUUUCAAAGACUCACAGGAUAGCACUCGAAGAACAGGAAAGAGCUAUGAAGAAAGCCAUGCAAGAACGAGCGGAAGCCGAGGCAGCCCUGGAAGAACUCUCAAAGACUCAUCAGAAGGUCCUAGAGGAACAGGAAAGGGCUGAGAGGAAGGCAAAAGAGAAAAGAAUGAUGGCUGAAGCAGACCUGGAAGAACUUGCUAAAAUUCAGAGAAAGAUCUUAGAUGAACAAGAAGAAGCUGAAAAGAAAGCAAUGUGUGACAUCCAGAGAGCUGAAAUAGCCAAGGAAGAACUCUCAGAAAUCCAGAUACAGGUCCUUGAGGAAAAGGAAAAGGCUAAGAAAGUCAUACAAGAACGAGAAGUGGCUGAGGCAGCCCUGGAAGAACUUUCAAAGACUCACAGGAUAGAACUAGAAGAACAGGAAAGAGCUAUGAAGAAAGCCAUGCAAGAACGAGUGGAAGCCGAGGCAGCCCUGGAAGAACUUUCAAAGACUCAUAGGAAAGUCCUAGAAGAACAGGAAAGGGCUGAGAGGAUAGCAAAAGAGAGACGAAUGAUGGCUGAAGCAGACCUGGAAGAACUUGAAAAGAUUAAGAGAAAGAUCUUAGAUGAACAAGAAGAAGCUGAAAAGAAAGCAAUGUGUGACAUACAGAGAGCUGAAAUAGCCAAGGAAGAACUCGCAGAAAUCCAGAUACAGGUCCUUGAAGAAAAGGAAAAGGCUAAGAAAGUCAUACAAGAACGAGAAGUGGCUGAGGCAGCCCUGGAAGAACUUUCAAAGACUCACAGGAUAGCACUAGAAGAACAGGAAAGAGCUGUGAAGAAAGCCAUGCAAGAACGAGCGGAAGCCGAGGCAGCACUGGAAGAACUUUCAAAGACUCAUAGGAAAGUCCUAGAAGAACAGGAAAGGGUUGGGAGGAAAGCAAAAGAGGAAAGAAUGAUGGUUGAAGCAGCCCUGGAAGAACUUGAAAAGAUUCAGAGAAAGAUCCUAGAUGAACUAGAAGAAACAGAAAGGAAAGCAAUGUGUCCUUGA